GAAAAUGCCCACCUUGAAACCUGCAGCCUCAUAAGAAGCUAUUCCUUUGCCCAUUUUGAAAAUGUCUUUUCUGUGUUCGGAUGGUGGGAUAGAGCACAUUGAAAGCCACACCGCUUUGUUAAAAAGCAGGGACAGUGCGACCGUUUUUACUGCCAGAUCCGAAAAAUCACAUGAAUUUUUAAAAAUUCGGUCAUGAAAACAAACUUCAGUCGAAUUUUUAUUGUAAGUGACAGGCGGGAAAUGUUCUUGAAGUCGUUUUAGCUUCAGGACGGGUUCUUGGGAAACCGAGUGUAUCAAAAUCAAGAAAGGAAGUGUUCAUGAAUGGAGCGCAGUGUCACACAGGAGGGAGGUGACAGCGUGGACUCUGAGACAACUUCUGUUUGUCCUUUCUUGCUCAUAGGGCCUGCAGCAUCUUUAUGUUAAAAGGAUUUAAAAACAGUGGCCUUUACAUUUUACGUCACUCCUUAACUUAAAACACCAACAGUCGUCUAAUUUUAAACAUUGAAUACAGCUUAAUAUUGAGAUAAUUGGGAAUAAAAACAUACUACAUUAUUUAUAUCCUUUACUUACCAGGCUCAUCGUUAUAGAAAUAAGUGCUUAGGAAAAGAUGGCUUGCGUGCUCUCCCAGUAAAGAGACUCGUUUUUGUCCCCGAGGCCUGUGUUUUCUGGCCUUACUAUCUUUUUAUAAUUGUUAUGUUGGCAUUUUCCAAAUUACCCGCGUAAUUGCCUGACUCGGGUCCUGCAACAGCCAGGUUGUCUGCUUUGCUGAGAGCAGUGAGAAAGCUAAGAGUGGAUUAUAUGUUCACCUGGCCCUCAGAGCUAACGCACUGAAUUUAGAAACAUUGUUUUCAUUGGCUUAGGGUUGAUGUUUUCAGCUGUAACACUUCCCAGUUUACCUUGAUAGGAAGGAGGUGAAAGCUCACAAAAAACUGUUGCCAUACUAAUUUUUUUCUUCCAUCAUAGCUGUUGGGAAUGAACUCAUAGCUAAUGACAAAAAAAGCCAUCUUUGUGGUCUCAAGGAAUAUUUUCUCCCAGCCCAAGGUUGGUCUCCAUUUAUCCGGUUCUGUUUCUUUAUUUGCUCAGCAUUUUUUUUUUUCUGUCAGCUCAUCUUACCAUUCCUCAGUUCAUUUCAUUGGCUUUUCUCUGUAUUUCUUUUCCUUUGUACGCGCAGUUAGUGUUUUCAGAUACAGUAUUACAACGAACAUAAUUAUCAGGAUUAGACAGAGACAGGAGAUAAUCCUGUGUGCAGACACCAAUGUGACCCUUUUCAGCGUGUCAUGGCAUGACUGAUGUUUCCCCUUUUGGUAUUAUACGUUUAGGUUUCUUUAUUCAGUGGGAUCAGCCUUCAGGUGUUUUUUUUUAGGGUUGACCAGAUACAUGUUCAUUGAAGUGAGAUUUAAAGGUGGAGUUUUUUCCAUGUUGGUUACUUAAUGGUUCCUCUUCACUUCCUGUUAACUGCUUGCAAGAGAAAAAGAAACCCUCAGAUAUUUUCAAAGAUUAAUAUUUGAAAAUGUGUUAUUAAGCUGUUAGACUGCAUUUUGAGUUCAGGAGAGAAAUUCAUACCUUGAUCAAAACCAAAACCUCUCAUUCUUGCCUCUCUCUUCAGAAAAUGACAGUCUUCCUUGAGUAUAGAAAUGAUUGGCCAGUGAGGGUUAUGAAAUGAACCUGUUUCAUUAGUUGCCACGUGUCUCAAAUCUGAAAUCAGGCCUUUGUUGUUGUUCUGAGGUUAGACUGGACCAUUUCAGUACAAAUUCUCCAAAGAGUAAAUAAAAUACCUUCCAGGGAGUACAAUUCGGGAUUUGUUGAGGGCCUGGGCUGAGCUAGGUGAUCUGCCAGGGACUGGUUCCGUUCAAAUCCCAGCCAGUUCCAUCCUUUGAGGACGGACUUAUUCCAAGAGAAUAAAGGGCCAUGUCAGGGAAGGAAGUUUUAUUCAUUUUAACUAAUUAGUUCAGUUGAAGUCACCUUUCAGAAUUUGAAAUUGUAGUUAAGACUUAGUGAUGAUUUGGGAGACCAGCAAUUCUUUAACAAAACACACAAAACGACUCUGCCCAGGAAACGGAAACCUCAGAUCAAACAUGCUGUGUUUUCUGAAGCGUAUUCCAACAAGUGAUUUCUGACCUCAGUCCUCGGGCCAUUCAGCACGUGUUUCACGAGCCCGCCGUGAAAGCAUGGCGUGGUACAAGAGAAGCGAGGUGUGCCUGUGUCCUUGCCACAAUGUUGACAGUCUAAUUCGGGAAGCAAAACAAAUUCGCAAGUUGAAGCAAUGCGCAGGAGUGUGGCUUAGCCGUAAGCCAGGCAGAGCAGGGCUCCAGUCCCUGCCUCGUAGAAUUGGUGGGAAAAUUUUAAUGAGCUCAUGUACCUGAAGUGCUCAGAGCAGUGCCUGGCACAUGGGAAGUGCUUAGUAAAUGCUAACCAUUAUUAUUAUUGUUGUUGUUGUUGUUGUUGGGGUGGCUGUGCAGCCAGUGAGCUCCAAAGCGGGAAGGGAGCAGGCACUUAGGACUGGGUCCUUGGAGAAGGCUCCCUGGAGGAGGUGAGACUUGAGGUGGACUUUGGAGACAGAGAAGAAAGGAAGGGCGUUAGAAAAGCUGGGGAGAAGCAGCAUUUUAAAAGGCCUGGGCGUGGAAUGUUCAUUGUACAGGGGAGACCGUACGCAACGUGGCUUUGAGGACACGAGGUCUCCUGUGGAUUGUCAGCGUAGAUCCCUUGUGUGGUAUGCAUUUUGGAGAAAGACAGUCCGGGGUUUCUCUGACUUCCUUGGGCAAGUCAGUUAUCUGGCUUUGGGUCUUAAUAGGAUUUUUUCGGGAAAAGUAGGCGUUUAUUGUGAGAAUGGAAGACCACACAGUAAGAGUAAACUUUGUAGCACACUGCCUGGCACAUAACUGCUUAUUAAAUGUAGCAACUGCUGUGUCAUUCAUUUAGUCACUCAGUAAAUGUUGUUGAAGGGUUACUGUAUGCCAUCCCUGCACUGGAAACUGGGGAUUCAGCCAUGAAAAACAUGACAGAGCCCCAGCCCUCACAGUUUACGAUCUAGCGGAGAAGACGGAUAAUUCAGCGAUGACAGAUACGGGAUGAAGGCUGGGCUGGAGGGAGCGGACUGGUAGAGGGUUCCACAGCACGGGUGGGAAAGACUGUAUCCUAGCCGGGAAGCUUGGCAAGAUUUCCCAGAGAAAGCCGCAGAUAAGUUAGGCAUUUAUGUCCAUUUUUGGUUGAGAUAGUGAUUGCAGGAGUUUUCAAAAAUUUACUCUCUGUAUUGUUAAUGUUAACUCAAAUUAGAAUCCUCUAGUCCUGAUUCACACAUCUCUUCCCCCUUUUAUUUUUACCCAGAGCGUAAAUGUUUUUAUGCAAUGAUAAAGCGGGUAAUUUGCACGUUAGAGUUAGUACUGAGAGAGGCAAGUAUACUAGGAAAUUUUACAUAAGUAAAUGAGGAAAUUUAUUUAUGUUUGAACAAGGCUGUUACUAAACUAAGUGAUUAGCAAUUUAGGACUGUUUUCCCAGCUACUUCAAUAGGUUUUUUUCUUUGAGUCAAACUCCUGGGAGAGAGGUAUUUAUAAGUGAACAACAACACCUUCCUUUGACUUUGUAAUAACAAAGGUCCCGACACACAUCCUGUGAGAUCUUUGAUUUGGUGGCUUACGCUGGAAGUAGAGUUAAGGCCCAUGGGUAAAAUAAUUUGGAACAAAGGUGCCGUGAUCUUAGAUACCCUGCCUGGAGGUUCCCUCGGACAAAUUUAACAAAUCCCAACACUUAUACUUAAGAAACUAGGUACAUUUCUUGAAACGCCAAAUUUCAUUUGGGUUUGCCUCAAUUGUUAAUACAUUUAACUAUAUUUAAAGUUGUUAUAUUAAAUAAACAGGUCUAAGAAAAGAGAGAAAUUGAUGUUUUGAAGACGAUUCUAAAAACAAGCUGCUGAUCAGGACAGAUUUUUUUAAUCUAAAAAUUUCAGGAAGCUUCUUUCCCCAAAUUAACACUUUCAUUCUUAUUUUUCUUUCUAAUUUUGUUCCUCAAUCUCCCCAAAGCGAUUUCUCUCUUCGUGUUCUUGAAGUAUAGCAAUCCCAAAGGUUUUAACUCCUUUGUUAAAGAUCUUAAAGUGUUUUUAAAAAUCCCAUAACGUUCUGUGUGGAAAUGAGGUGUGACUCAGAGUGGGGGAAACGGGGAGUAUGGAAGAGCUAGUGUUAAGAUGACCAUGGUUGCUGACAAGUUGUCAGGUCCUUUCCCUCCCAAAUACAUUUCAUCCUCUGGACGGAAGCCAGUGUUUAGAACUUGCCCAACAGUUUGGAAGUUGUUUUCACGGGGCUUUGAACUUUGAGUUCUCUGCUGGGGACACCAAGACAUCAAGGGGGACGGAGCAGAGGUGCAGGGGUAACAUGACCCCUGGGUUGUCUGUAGAGGGAGAACAUGAAAUCGGAGGACGCCUCUGCCAGAGUGUAGGUUUCCAGAAGAGACACCUGUUUGUUCCUAAGCGAGCUGGGUCGACUCUGUGCUUCCCGACCAAAGUUUAUUGACGUUAGGGCAGGCCCGCGCGCUCUCUCGCUCCCUCUGCAAAGAAAAUGUUGAAGGUGCACCCAGUCUUUUCUAUCCAUUCCACACACGUUUGAAGUACUUGUAGGUUUGCUGAAGGGCUGUAAUUUUGGUCUUAAAACCUCUGAAGUAAAUUUCAAAGCUAAACUGUAAAACAUUUUUGACUCUGUGGACUUUAAAUUGGUAGUGUCUUGUUCACGUAGCUAUUUCGCCGAAAAUAACGCCCUGCCUAAAUGUAGGCUUGAAAAAGAAAAGGCUUACAUGUCCGUCACUGAGAGCAGGGACGGUUUUAAUCUGAUUACGGGCUGACUUUGGCGUAUGUUCUAGCAGCGGUGAUGUGUAACUAGUUACACGGCACCGUUUUACUGUUUGGCAUGUCAAAGUCCCAGGUACAAAGAUCCCUGGCUAUUGAUAAGGCCGUUUUACUGAUACUUCAGUAAUAGAAUAUCGUGUGUUUUCAUCGAACACCGUGACUUUUGGAGCCAUAUGUAGUUACUAGUUUCAGGGGGAGGGAACAAAACAAUACUGUCGUUUAAUAAUAAUGUUGAUAAAUGUGGUUUUCCUCUUAAUAAAUCAUUUUUACUUUCGUGGACUUGACUCAUUUGUUUCUCUUUGGCAUCUGGCCUAUGGGAGCAAAUUAAAGCUCACCUCUCGUCUUUACGUUGCUUUUGCGCGAUUCGUAGACAGGGAGGGAGGUACACUUUAUGGGAAACUUUCAUGCCAUUUCCUUAACUGGGGUCUUUUUGUGUGUGUUUGUGCAGCUGGCACCUUCUCUCCCUUUGCAAGAAGAUUUCGUUUAUCACUGGAAGGCAAUUACCCAUUACUACAUAGAGACUUCGGAUGACAAAGCCCCAGUGACAGAUACCAAUAUUCCAUCUCAUCUGGAGCAGAUGUUAGAUAUAUUGGUACAAGAGGAGAGGGAACGGGAAUCUGGAGAGACGGGGCCAUGUAUGGAGUACCUGCUCCAUCACAAGAUCCUGGAAACGCUCUAUACCUUAGGGAAAGCCGACUGCCCUCCGGGAAUGAAGCAGCAGGUGCUGGGAUUCUACACCAAGCUCCUGGGCAGGAUCAGGCAGCCGCUCCUUCCGCACAUCAACGUGCACCGGCCCGUGCAGAAAUUAAUUCGACUCUGUGGCGAAGUCCUUGCAACACCAACGGAAAAUGAAGAAAUUCAGUUUCUCUGUAUUGUAUGCGCAAAACUGAAGGAAGAUCCCUAUUUGGUUAAUUUUUUUCUGGAGAAUAAAUUGAAAUCCUUGGCCUCCAAAGGAGCAGCAAAUGUAACCUCAGAAGACACAGGAAAAGGUCAAGAUUCCUUGUCAACAGACAUGGGACAGCCCGGUCAGCCAGAGGAGCUGUCUGGUGCGGCUGGAACGGAGCAGACAGAGUUAGAAGAUGAUCCUUCUCAUCAGACGGACGACCUGUCCACGAGCCUGGAUAACCUCAGCGUCACGUCACUGCCGGAGGCCACAGUCGUUCGCCCAAACCAAGAUUACAACCUAGUGAAUUCUUUGUUAAAUCUUACUAGAAGUCCUGACGGCCGAAUAGCCGUGAAGGCCUGCGAGGGCCUGAUGCUGCUGGCCAGCCUGCCGGAGCCCAAGGCUGCCAAGUGCCUCACGCAGAGCACUUGCCUGUGCGAACUACUGACCGACAGGCUCGCCUCCCUGUACAAGGCCCUACCUCAGUCAGUGGACCCCUUAGACAUUGAGACAGUGGAAGCAAUUAACUGGGGUUUGGACUCAUAUAGUCAUAAAGAAGAUGCUUCGGCAUUUCCAGGAAAACGAGCCUUAAUUUCAUUUCUUUCCUGGUUUGAUUACUGCGAUCAACUCAUAAAGGAAGCACAAAAGACUACUGCUGUUGCUCUUGCCAAAGCCAUUCACGAAAGAUUCUUUAUUGGUGUUAUGGAGCCUCAGUUAAUGCAAACUUCUGAGAUGGGCAUCCUGACAUCAACUGCUUUGCUCCAUCGCAUUGUCCGGCAAGUCACCUCCAGAGUUUUGCUUCAAGAAAUGGUAUUUUUCAUCCUUGGAGAUCAGAGGGAACCAGAAACUCUGGCAGAAAUGCACAGGCACCCUUUAAGGCAUAGGUUAAUUGAACAUUGUGACCACAUAUCCGACGAGAUAAGCAUAAUGACACUGAGGAUGUUUGAACAUCUCUUACAAAAACCCAACGAGCACAUUCUUUACAACUUGGUCCUAAGAAAUCUUGAAGAAAGAAAUUAUACGGAAUAUAAACCUGUGUGCCCAGAAGAUAAAGAUGCACUAGAGAACGGACUGAUAGCAGGAGCAGUAGAUCUGGAAGAAGAUCCAUUAUUUACUGACAUUUCACCAGAUAACACUUUGUCAAACCAAGAGUGGCUUAGCUCUUCGCCUCCGGCUACUCCAGACCACCCCAAAAACGACGGGAAGACGGAAGUGCAUAAAAUUGUGAAUAGUUUUCUCUGUCUGGUACCGGAUGAAGCAAAAUCAUCCUACCACGUUGAGGGCACUGGAUAUGACACCUACCUCCGCGAUGCCCAUAGGCAGUUCCGGGACUACUGUGCUAUCUGCCUGAGAUGGGAAUGGCCUGGGUCUCCCAAAGCCUUGGAAAAGUGCAACUUAGAAGCCACUUUCUUUGAAGGCCAUUUUUUGAAAGUUUUAUUUGACAGGAUGGGAAGAAUCCUUGAUCAGCCGUAUGACGUGAACUUGCAGGUGACCUCGGUGUUGUCUCGGCUUUCUCUCUUCCCUCACCCGCACAUACACGAAUACCUUUUGGAUCCUUACAUCAACCUUGCCUCCGGCUGCCGAUCGCUCUUCUCCGUCACCGUCAGGGUGGUUGGAGAUCUUAUGGUGAGAAUCCAGCGUAUUCAAGAUUUUACUCCCAAGCUGCUGCUAGUCAGAAAGCGACUGCUCGGUUUGGAACCGGAAGGCCCCAUUGUGGACCACAUCACCUUGCUGGAGGGCGUGAUCGUGCUGGAGGAGUUCUGCAAGGAGCUGGCGGCCAUCGCGUUCGUGAAGUACCACGCGGCCUCCGCGCCCUAGGCCACCCCGGCACGGAGGGCGCCGGGCCGCUGUGCGCACUUCACCCGACUCCGCUGCGCCCGGCGGGGAAGACGAGAAGCCUUCCAGUGAAGUAUCGCAGGAAACCGGCAGGACCAUUCCGAGCCCGUCGCGUGGGCGCGCCAGUAAAAUGUUGCGUGAUGUUGUUUCCGUCGGCUUUGUCCUGAAGGCUCUCUGUGUAAGCCUGCACGUCCGUGAAUCCGGGAUACGGUCGGAGGGACUUCAGGAAAUAAGCAUUUCUGAUGCCCGUGGGAAAAGCUGCAGAAUUUCUGAUGUCAGGACUUUGACGUUUCUGUUAUUUCAAUAUCCUUUUGGGCAGCGAGGCAUUUUGACAUUCUCUGGGACUCAGAUGCUUAUAUUCUUUUGGAUUAAUAAGUAGCAAAAAAAAAAACCACCCCCACAGACUAAUUUUAUAACUUUUUAAGGUCAGAAUUCUUAUCAAACAAAAUAUGAAAAAGUAUAAAUGAGAAAAAAAAUACAAUUCAGGGACCAUCAACUGAGUUGAAUUAGUAAUAGGACAUAAAAAUGCAUAGAGAACCAUUAACUUUCUUCAGCUUUUCUAAGAAUAACAAUUUAAUAUGAUAAUAAAGUUCUUGAUUAAUAUAAUAUAUAUAUAUAUUUUUAAAGAAAUGUUCUUUUACUCUUGUGCACAUAGCCAUGUAGGUGAUUGAGUUUCACGUGUGGGUCCCAGUUUAUUUAAACCGUGUCACUUUCGCCACGAUGUGGAAUCUGCGCUCACCGUUGAUAGUCUUGGCUAAGCUAGUGUUUUUUAAAGCUAAUUCACACAUAUUGGGUUGAGAACCUCUUUUUUUUUUUUUCUAUCCCUCUUCAAAAAUUGUUUUAUAAAAUCGCUUUAAGAUUCGAUUUUCUUGCUGAAAUGCCUGGUCCUGUCUAGGUGGGGACUGGCCGGUAACUCUUAGGCAGCAAUCAAAAUGCCAAUGGCCUCCCUGAUGUUUACAUUUUUUUUUUCCAUUUUGUUCAGUCUUUUGUUUUAAAUUAUUCUAGAGAGUUGAAAACAAACAGACCAGGGUGUCCUGUUUACAUGUGGAAGUCUGGGUAAACUGGGUAUGCGCGCGGAUGGUGUGUGCGCAGCGCGGGUCGCUGGGCGGAGCUGCGCGGGCACGGCGCGCGCGGGCCCGGUUUGCAGAAUGCUGUUCGCUCAGGCCCUCUCCGCUCGUCCCGUGGGUGCCGCUUAUCCCGCACAUACGUGGCUUUUGAGUUCCCUUCUUUUCUCGUUGAGAUGUUAAGCAGCAGCACUUUCCUCGUCUUUUUUUACUGGUAAUUCGGGGAGCAGACUUCACACCACACUUCCUGGCUUCAGAGGGACCGCUCCUGCCGCCCCUUCUACGAAGCUGUGUUGUGUGGAGCGUUGGCACGUGCACAGUGUGGCGUGUGCACAGUGUGGCACGUGUGUGCACAGAGCAGGCUUCACACCUCCUGCUGACUCUGUUACGUUCCUGUUUCUGAUUGAUUUUAUAGUUUUUGCUAUUUAUUAAGGACAAAAUAUCAAAAGAUUAUGAAUAUUCUUGGCUCUAGAAUGCUUACCGCUGUUAAAACAACAGAAAGACCAAAUUUCGAAUUGAAUGCAAAUCUUUGUUAGCUCCUUCUAAGAAAUUUAUUAAGCAAAGGAACAGAAGCGUGGGAGAUGGCUACUUUGUGCAUGCUUUUCUCUACAUGGCUUUUGAUGAUGGGAAAACAUUAUUAAGUUUGCGGUAUUUACUCAUCAGUCUGUGCAAGGAACACGGCGACAUCUCCAGUUUUCGACGGAGUUACAGCCUACUUUGAUGUAGGUGUGUGAAAACAAGGCAUUAAGAGAUGCUAGAUAUUUCUUAGUGUUCUCAUAGUGUCCAGUAGGUAUAACGGCCAUGAGGUCACCCCUGAAACCAAAUGCUGUUUUAUCUUUGAUUUCAUGAUGGGACCCUGUAGCUAAUCCAUGAAACCAGGCUCAGAAAAGCUUUAAUGCUUAUAUUUUGUGUGUGUAUGCUGCUUCUUAAAAAAUAUUUUUCUAAGUUACUGUAAUGACUUUGAUUUGUAAUCAGCUAAAGCUUAAGGUAUAUUUUGUUUCUCGGUUUCCUUCUCUUCCUCCCUCCCUCCCUUCCUUUCUCUUUCUUUUAUUCAUAUUUAGUUCAGACCUGGAGCCAGCACAAGCUCUCACAGUGAGUUGGAUUUGUUAGCGAAACAUUUCAGUACAUCGUUAGUUUUUUCCUGACUGUCUUUUAGAAGCUGAGUAUUUCUAUCACUUGGUACAUGCAAAGCCGUGACUAAAAUGUACUGUGUUGGGUAGAAAGCACCACCUUAACCAUCGAUUGCAAGUUCCAAACUGAAUUUGAGCCUUGCUUCACAGUGGUAUAAAUAGCUAUGCACAUUUUUUUUUUUUUAAAUCUUUCUAACCACAUAGUCUUUGAGGUUAUUUUUAGUAAUGAGCCACAUUCUUCACUUGAUAGAACUCAGAUCUGUCCUUAGCCAAUUAUCAUUGUAGUGCUCACAUUAUAACUAUGUUAUGUUCUUGUAAUGUAUCUGUCUGUGCAAUAUGGAAGCUGUGAGUGGAUUCAUAGCUUUUUGGUUUAAUUGUACAUUAUUGUGUGUGUACAUGUGUACAUAUAUGUAUAUAUAUAAGGACCAAAAUCCUUAGCUUGCUUACACUGUUGCUAGUGUAAAGAUUGUUACACUUAAUUUUACAGGGCACAAAUUAAGGGAAUUACCUUCAUAAUCCAUGGUAACGUAUUUCCAUAAAAUUACUGCAUUCAUAUACAAUUACCAUUUAAUUAUGAAAUUCAUAGGUAUUGACCAAAGUAACAGUGGAGAAGCGCGAAAACCACAAAUUAUAUGGUAAUUAUAUUUUGGGCUGUACAAUUAAUCAAAAUAUGCAUGUCAUUGUGACACUUGAUGUGUUAGAACAUGAUAGAUAAUCAUAUUUCCGGGCCCUGUAAAAGAGUGUUACUGUAAUACUCUGUUUGCCUCCUUGCCUUGUUUACAUUAAACAAAGGACAUUUGGUAAAUUUUUCUAUCGAACAUUGUGUAGGUUACUGACAGUGUUACCAAGGCCUGGGAUUCUUGGGCCAUCUACGAAGAAACUCUUCAGAUGGUGAUUGUGUACCUACUGUCUCUUCAAAGGACGUUGUGAUCAAGUGCAACUUUUUGUGCUAACAAUGCAUGCAGGACUAAGAGGGAUCAUCUAAAAAUAAAUCAUGUACUUUAAACAAAA